AUGUAUUACUUAUUUAGGCAUGCAUCUUGCCCUGUUUUGCUUGGCGAAAAAUGGUUCACGAUUUCUUGGAUACGUGAAAGAGGACAAGAAUUUUUUCGUCCUUGUGGUUUAGAUCCAUCAAUACAAGAACGUUAUGUUGGUGAUUUGGGGGGUCCAGAGCCCCGAAAAUAUCCAAAUAUAUCACCAUAUUGA